AUGGAGGUCCAAAACGAAGUUGGCCAAAACCCAGGUGCACAUUUAAAGAAGAAAAAAAAAAAAAAGCAUGAAAGGAGGGGGAACAAACGGGCGCACGCUCCCAAGACGGAUAGAGAAAAGGGGAAAAAUGUAGGUAAUAAGAAGAGUAGAAGAAAUAGCAGCAACGAAAAUGAGCCCACUAAACACCGCACGGAAGACCGCGCUGACGAGUACGCAGGUAACCCCAUGCUCACCGAUCAGGACAAGAUAGCCCAGGCGGAAAGAAGCGACUACAAGGGGGUAGCACCCGACGAAAACCAGGACACCACCAUGUCCACGUAUGAUGAUAAGACGAUGGAAGAAGCAGACAACACACAGCAGUCCGACGCCCAUGACGUAUGGAUCGCACUUUGUAAAUAUCUCAAUUGCAUGCAGAAAAAGGAAUACAUAAAUGAGGAAGAUGCACAUUCCGAAUUAGAGGUGCCCCCAAAUCAGUUUUUCACAAAUUGUAACUUUUUUUGUAGUGAACAUGAGGAGGAUUAUUCGACUGUCAAUUCGGUGGAGACCAACAAGGGGGGGGGAGGUGUGUUCUGUUGGGGGGCCUCCCAUCAGUGUGGUGAGAGUGAGGAUGAGGGAUGCGGCGCCGAUGGAGAGACCGAUGCUAAUCACAGAAGCAGAAACGCGAACAUGUCGAGCACGGAUAACAUUGGUAGCCACAAAGACAGGAAUGACCCCAUGGGGGGGGAAUUUCCAGACGGGGGAGACCACAACACACACACACUGCACAACGCCGAUGAGGAGAAUGAGCAAGGAGAAAAACAAAAAACAAAUAUACGAAUCAUGAGCCAAGGGAAGGAAGAGUCACAUUACAGGAGUGAGAACAACUUGACUACUUCGUCAUCCUUAUUUUCCAGACAGAAAAGUGAAAGAAACAAUUUGGGCGACCCUUCUCACGGGAUCACUCCUCUCGUCACUUGUGACCCCCUCACCAGUAGAGAAAAAAUUGACAGAAACGUCAUCUUCAUGCAAGUAAGAAAUUUCUCGCAAAAAAUUGACGAGUACAUUUCUGAUGAAAAAAUCUUCAGAGCGCAAAAGUUAAUCCUGCACGUAAAAAAGUACGUAGAGCAUUAUAUUAGCUAUUUUAAAAAAAUAAACGAUGAAGAAGCUGUCCAAAUGUUAACAGAGUAUUAUGAGGAGAACUGUACUGAUAAGAAGUUCAGUUACAAUAUGAACAAUUUAAAAGUCCAUAUGAUGUUUUAUUUUUUUAAUUCUUUCCAUUUGCAUGACUUGUCCAGUGUCCUGCAAGAUUAUUCAUACUAUUUUUCGGUCGACAAAAAUAAUAGCGUAUACUCUGACACGAUGAGCAACUGGUUGGAUAACAAGAAUUCGCACACGGUAGGCGAAAAUGCCAAUAUGAAGAGGAAAUCUUGUAGGGUUCCCUCCGCCAAACACUCCGCUGACCAGUCUGCCGAUCACCUCGGCGACCACUCCGACGGGGGUCUCCCUUGCGGCUCGUCCGCCAUGGGGCUCACCUUGGACGGCGAGGUGCGCAGUGAGCAGAACGGCCAAGUGAUCAGUGCGCAACAUACUGAUGAGGGAGGUGAUCAAAGUGGCGAGGUUACAAAUGAGGACCAACAUGCGGAUCGACAUGCAGAUCGGCGUGCAGAUCAACGUUCGGACCGAGGGGAAGAGACAGCAGAUGCCAACGAGGGCGCAGCAGGCGACCACCCCAGCGACUGCAACCAGGCCGAGGAGGACGAACAAGCAAAUCAAGAAAGCCAAAUCAUUGUGGACAAAAUGUAUCACCACCAGUGCAACGAUUCCAGCAUCCUCAGCAGCAACAAAGUCUCAAUCAGGAAGAAAAAUUCCGAAGAAGAAACAAACAUAAAUACAAAAAAAAGUAAUCGUCAUAUGGUUAAAAUUAUUAAGAAAUAUUCAAGACGAUUUAGAAACUUUCGAAAAAUGAAACAAAACAAAGAAGGAUGGAUUAAAGAAAAUGAUAAGUAUUUGGAUUUGUGGCACCGAGUGGAUAAUAACAAUAACAUUUCUAUGCAUAUGCGGGCGAAGCUUCCCUACGAGGUCAACAAAAUCCUGUCCAUUAUCAGCGAGACGGAGCUAAGCACGCACUGGGUGCCCUUUCUUACAUCCUCUCAGAAAAUCAAAAGCUUGUCGAGAUGCAGCGCCAUCAUUGCGCAGCUUUAUGAGUACCCCAUAAUAGGGAAGAAGGAGUCCCUGAUGUACUGCCUAGGUGCCAACGCACUGGAAGAGCUCGGCUGCGUAAUCCUCUAUUGCAUGUGCCCCCCGGAGCAGAAGAAAGACAUCGAGUUCUACCAAAACAUGUGCGAGCAAAUCAACAUAAACAAGAACGAGGAAAUAUUAAAAGUCAAGGAAAUCCCAUUGAAAUUCAGAAAAGUAAAAAGGGAAGUCACUUUUUUUGACUGCCAGUUGCCUGAACACGUAUCCAAAAUAGAAAGACAAAGGGGAGCCAAUUCGUGCUUCUUAAUAUACCCAGUGAAUAAUGGCAACUCAACAGUUCUCGAGCUAUUCGUUCAUUUCGAAAAUGACUUUAAAUACACGCCAAUAAAAAUGGUCACUUAUUUUAUUAAGAAAAUUAUGAAAAAUACGUACGAGAAAAUUGUCAAGGCGUGCAAAAAUUACGACACGAUUUAUGCCCCCCGGCUAACCACAAACCAGGAAUUUCACCUCUGGCUCCAUAACCAAAUUAAGGAGUACAUUAAGAGCAAGCACCAGGCCAAGUUCAUUGAUUCGAUAAGUCUCGAGAGCUAUCACGGGCCGGAGAACAGUGACCCGCUCUAG